AUGGACAGUCGUAGCCGGACGCGCAGCAAGCCUCAAAGGAGCCAACGGUACCGGAGCACAAGCCGGCCUCGGAUGGACAGCAGAAGUCGCGCCAGAGGGAGCCGGAAGGAUAGCCGUAGCCGCAGUAAUGGCGCUCGCGGCAAUGGCUCCGCCAGAAGCCGCAGUCGAGGUAGAGGCAACCCACAGACGGAGUAUCGGAUUCCUCCUCCAGCCAAACGUGCUGACCCAAAGAAGGAAGUCACAAUCACAGAGGAGCAAAGACAGAAUUCCAUUCUGCUGGAUGGCUACUAUUACGCCACCAUCGAUUUCACCAGUCCGCACGCUCAACCGCCUUGGACGACGGAGCCCGAUGCACGAUAUACUUAUCAGACCAAGACGGACAUUUCGGUGAUCAGGGCCAAAAACCUUCCUUCAGGUUGGGAAGUGGCGCCAGCAACGGAAAAUGUGAUACGAGAGGUUAUCACGCCGCAUGCCUGGGGCACGCAUCUGCUUGUCACAGAGGGCUGCAAGGCUUACUGGACUGCAGGUGGAAACAAUCCUGGCUGCCUGGAAGCGUUGUGGGACUACGAGAAGCUCCCUGGGAGGUACACACUGAAGGCAAAGUUUGGUCAGAACGCAGCGCUUCACGGCAUCAUACUUAUCAAGACCAUUUCAAAGGUGUCGUGA